AUGGCAUCUGCAGCCACUGAAACAGCCACCCCGGUGGUCCCCAUCGUCGAUGAAAAGCUCACCCUGAAGGGUCUCGCGCGUGAGCCUAUCAAGUCGAAUGGAAGUCUUGACGCCUUUGAGUCUUUCGACGUGACUCCGGUCAUUGGCCGAGAGUUCCCCAAUGCCAAUUUGAAGGAAUUUCUGCGCGCUCCUAAUUCCGACGAGCUGCUUCGGGAGCUUGCCCUGACCAUCUCCCAGCGCGGUGUGGUCUUCUUCCGCAAGCAAGAUGGUUUAGAUGAUGACCUGCAAAAAGAGCUUGUCCAGCGUCUUGGAGAACUCUCAGGCAAGCCCAGCACAUCAGGACUGCAUAUUCACCCGGUGGCCAACUCGGGACGUGAGCACAGCGUCAAAGAUGACGAGAUCAGCGUAAUUAGCUCUGCGCAACGAAAGAAAAUCUACAAUGACCGCAACCAGCGAGGGCAGAGUGCACGGAGGGAAUGGCACAGCGAUAUCACUUUCGAGCCCAUCCCCAGCGACUACACCCUUCUGCGUCUUACCGAACUUCCCAAGACCGGUGGUGAUACCCUUUGGGCUUCAGGCUACGAGGUCUACGAUCGCCUUUCUAAGCCCUACCAGAAGUUCUUGGAAACCUUAACCGCAACAUAUGCUCAGCCUAGGUUCAACGAGGUUGCCAAGAACAACGAUUUUAAGAUUCACCCUGGACCCCGUGGUGCGCCUGAAAACGUGGGCGAGGAGCUAAUCGCCGAGCACCCCGUCAUCCGCACCAACCCUGUUACCGGCUGGAAGAGUGUCUUCGCCGUCGGCACACACGUUCAAAAGGUCAACGGUGUCACUGAAGAGGAAAGUCGCCAUCUUCUUCAGUGGUUUGUCAGUCUCAUUGUCGAAAAUCACGACCUUCAGGUGCGCCACCGCUGGCAAAAUCCCAACGAUCUCGCUAUCUGGGAUAACCGAUCAGUGUAUCACGCUGCGACUUGGGAUUAUGAUAAUCUCGGUCCUCGUACUGGACAUCGUGCUGUUGGUCUUGGAGAGAGGCCUUAUUUGGACCCUAAUAGUAUUGGACGACGGGAAGCACUUGAGAAUAGCGAAUAA